AUGUUACUGGACAUGAUUUCUGUCGGCGGAGGAAGGAUUUCCCUAACUGGAUGCAUGUUACAGAUGGUCAUUGGCCUUUUUCUGGGAGAAACUGAAUUUAUCCUGCUUGCCGUAAUGGCGUAUGAUCGCUACAUUGCAAUAUGUUUCCCCUUUCGUUAUAUGGUCAUUAUGAGCUGGAAAAGGUGUAAAAAUGUUAUCAUUGUUGUCUGGGUGGGGAGCUUUCUCCUUACAUUUCUUCCUUACGUUUCACAGCAACACACAUUUUGUAAAGGGAAUAAAAUUAACCAUUUUGUUUGUGAAAGCAUAGCACUUUUAAAACUAGUAUGCGAAGAUACUUUCUUUGAUGAAACAAUGGUCUUUUUUGGAAGUUUAUUGACAAUUCUAGUCCCUUUUGCUUUUAUUUUGGUGACCUAUAUUUGCAUUAUUAUAGCAAUAAUAAAAAUCAAAUCCUCAGAUGGAAGGACAAAGGCUUUCUCCACAUGUGUUUCCCAUCUGACCGUAGUAUGCAUGUUCUACGGAACCAGUAUGAGCAUGUACCUGGGACCAACAAAACAUGUUUCAGAAAAACACAAAUUCAUUUGUAUUAUUUAUGCUAUUGUGACUCCUAUGUUAAACCCUUUGAUUUACAGUUUAAGGAAUCAGGAUGUGAAUGGAGAGAUUAGGAAACUGUUUAUUAAGAGUAUGCCAUUUCUUGCUGUCUCUCAAGUUAAAGGUUUUGAAAAAACAAUUAUUAGAGUACAUGUGAAUAAUCAUAAAAGAGCAAGAUAG